UGCAUGUUUGUGUAUACAGCCUUUGGCUUCAGUGGCUCAGCAAUGAUUUGUUGCCUCAUACCAUUCAAGCUAGUAAUAGGAUGGCUUUUCACUUGGCAGAGUUGAAAAACAUCACCAAGAGUACAGCCUCGCUGGAUAGCCGAGUGACAAGCGUUAAGUUGGCAGGGCGCCGCUAGACAGUCCAUGGCGAGGCUGUGGACAACCAGCACUUGGCAUGUCAUCAUUCUCGGACAAGGCUUCACCUUCUUUCUCACAUCACGUCUUAGAGUAACACGUCUGCCCACUCCCACCUGUAUUUCUAUGGCAGAAAUCGUUGGCCUAGUGUCUGGGGCAAUAACGUUGGCUGAUGCAUCUCACAAAGCAGGCAGCGGAAUCCUAGCCCUCAGGCGCCUCUGGAAUGAUGUCCACGAUGUCCCAGACUACAUCAACUCUUUGCUCGACAGAUUGAGUCUCGUUCAUUCAGUUCUGGCGGAUUUGAAAGACCAGCUAAGCCGCGAUCAAAAUAUACUGCCCGCGAACAGUGCCAUCCAGCUAAGCGUCCAGUACUGCGACAAGGCAAUACAGAAUCUGGAUACUUUGGUGAACGAACUAAAGCAAAAUGUUGAAGACAAGGCAAGGCUGAGAAGGAACAAAGCAAGGAUCAAAGCGGUUUUCGAAAGGGAUCUAAUACAGCGCCUUGAGAGAGGAUUGCAGGAUGCUUUGCAGCUUCUUGGUAUUGCCCAACAGACCUACGCUGUGGCUUUAAUGAGACAACAGCCUUCGUUAAUCGCGACUCAAAUGCCCACCCAGGCUGGGACACUGGCCACGUCCGGAAGUCCCAGUACUACACAGACACUUUCCCCGAGGAAGCAUGAGCCCCCAUCAGCGACGGAAGCGACAUGUAAUCUAUGUAAACCUACUAAUGCCGGUUUCCUUUCUCUUCCGUGGAUUUAUUCGAGAUUUCUUGGAAGCUACACAUCAAAGUCUUCGUUCGUUAACUCCACUGGACUCUCGGCUCCAGCUGAAGAGACAUAUCGUGCUCGAGUUCAGCUCCCAUCAUGGCUUGCGCGAUCCGUGUGGGAUAUCUGCGCAAAGCGAGCUAGCAAUGGAUGGACAUACUCCCUACGACAUUGGACGAUCAGACCAGAGAGAACUGAAAUAUUUGAAACAGCUUUUGAAGGCGACCUUGCAAGUGUUGUCCAAAUAUUCGAUGACCGGGCAGGGUCUUUGUACGACCGAGAUCCGCAAGGUUGGACCUUGCUCCACUAUGCUGCAUUCCAUGGCAAUCUCGAAAAGGUCACCUACCUGAUGCAAAAGGGCUUGAGCAUCCACGAGACGAACAACGACGGAAGCAGCCCGCUAUAUUACCUCUGUCGAAACGCCGACCAAGCAACCGAGGUCUUAAGCACCUACCGGUUCCUAAAAUCAGCAGAGGAUCUAACAGAUGCUGCUAAUACGGUAUUCUUUUCCAUCCGGAGUGGUGCGUCUCACCAGAAAAGCACCCUGCACAGGUUCAUAUGGAGUGUACCAGGCCUGCUGGAUCUCGUGCUUGAUGAGUUCCAUUCAGUGCCCCUAGAGUCCCGGUUCAAGUCUAUCAUCUGGCGAUACGUCGAUCCAAAAGUCCUUCUUGAUACGAUCGUACGAGAGAAUCUAAUAGACGCGGAGAUUUUUCGUCAACAACUGCACGCCGACCCAACAAGAUCACUACAUGAAUUCGCUAAGGUGUACUUCCAGAAUGUCCCUGGCGGCCCCAACGCCGAGGACCAGGUUGUGCACCAGCUAGAAACGGCCUUCGAAGACUGGAGGGAGCUUGCUCGUUGGCUAUUUCAAGGAAUCGCCUCUGAAGAUCUCAGCCGGCAGGGUAAUGAUUCCUGGGAGGCUACAACGCCGUUAUUUGCAGGGUUGCUUGGCUGCGGGUGGGAGAUUCCUUGCUCGCCCUGGGAACUGAGACGUAAUAAACGGCGCCUUGAUGCUGCUAUUUCGUUUUGGUUGGAAGAUUUGAAGAGCGCAGGGGUUGAUCUGAAGAAAUACGGGAAAUGGGAACGGACGAUGUUUCGCGAGAGUUACAUGUUGCGAACUGCUCGCUGGGAGAGAUUGGGAUGUGGUGGAGGUGAUGAGGGUAAUGGACAGGGGCCGAUACUGGUCUCUAUACAAUCGGGUCCUUGUCCUGGAGAUUGGGAGCUUGUACUCGACAGUUUCGGAGAGACUUUUGUAGGGGCGUUCUUUGAAUGGGCCGAGUCUAAGCGGCCUUUGAUGCCGGGGUCGUGGGAUGAGGAUGACGUAGAUUGACUGGUGUAAAUUGCCAUUUACCUUUCAUAGCACAUCGCUGCAUUAGUCCCUAGGGAUUCCCAGACUCUGCUAUUAUAAGUAGCAGUAACAGCCGUCACAUCGUCG